AACUCUGUAAGGUGAAGCCUCGCAGAAACCAGAAAGCCUUAUUCUGUUCUCUUCCUGGCACUACUGCUGUGAGAAAUUAGCGCUUUGAAAUACUUGCCUGGGAUGUGACUGGUCAAUUGCCUGAUUAGUUUUGGACCGGUCCCCUGGAUGAAGCCAGACUGAGGGAUGCAUUCUGAGCUGCUAAAUCUGGUGGUGGUGGUGGGGGGUGUGUUCAGGGUCUGUUCCUGCAUUAAUCCAGCCAGAGGCCUCUGGGAAUACUUCCAGGAGCCAGGUCUGCAGGCCGUACCCAUGGGAAGGGAUCCCUGAAGGAUCUGAGCCUCGGAGUGGACAGGCAGCUGAGCCGAAGCUCCCACAGCAGUGCCAUGGCCAAAAGUGCAAAUGGGAUCGUUAGCAUCUCAAAAAGAUUGAGAGGGGUCUAAGGAAACCCUGGGUACUGAAGAGCUCGGAUACAGCAGAGAAAGGCAGACCAGGAAGUUCCUCCAAUGAGGGUCCCAAUUUGUCAGCGCUGGGUGAACGUCUGUGCUGGCUCGUGGACACGGCCGGUGGCAGUGCUGUGUGGUGAGUGCCCACCGAAGAGCCCAGCCUGUUCCGAAGCACUGACCAGCUGCAGGAGGAAAUGGAGUACGAACGGAGAGGUGGUCGUGGGGACCGGACGGGCCGAUAUGGCGCUGCUGACCGGUCCCAGGACGACGACAUGGACGGGCGGACCCAGCGAGACCACGACUACCGGGACAUGGAUUACCGCUCGUACCCCCGCGACUUCAGCAGCCAUGAGACUGCUAAUGAGUACGACUCAUCCGAGGAGCAGAGCGCCGAGGAUUCCUACGAGGCCUCCUCAGGAUCGGAGACUCAACGCAAGCGGGACAGCCCCACCGAGCCCCUGGGCUACCCUGGCGACGGGGACUACCGCGACCAGGAUUACCGGCCCGAGCCAGAGGAGGAGCAGAAGGCCAGCAGCAUCGUCAUGCUGAGGAUGCUGCCCCAGUCUGCCUCCGAGAAUGAUAUCCGGGCCCAGCUGCAGGCGCACGGGAUCCAGCCCCGCGAGGUGCGGCUGAUGCGGAACAAAGCCUCAGGUCAGAGCCGCGGCUUCGCCUUCGUCGAGUUUAAUCACUUGCAGGACGCUACCCGAUGGAUGGAAGCCAAUCAGGUUGCUUUGCCGCACUUGACCCCCACAAGUACUGCUCCUGUUACCGUCCCUGGGCAGAAGAGCGAACACCUGUCAGACCAGCCUCCGGGCCCCCGUAUCCCUGAGAUCUUGGUCUCCCUGGCCAGCUGGCAGCUUGGAAUUGGCUUUGACAACGCCCCUCGACCCGCGCGGCUCCGUUCCUCUCCUAGCCGGGCCGAGCACGUGGUGGGCGUCCCCAUCCCUCCUCACGCUGUCCCCUUCCCCCCCCCUCCCCCGCCAGCCAUCAUCCUGCGGAACCUGAACCCGCACAGCACCAUGGAGUCGAUCCUGGCGGCGCUGGCCCCCUAUGCCGUGCUCUCCGCCUCCAACGUCCGCGUCAUCAAAGACAAGCAGACCCAACUCAACCGCGGCUUCGCCUUCAUCCAGCUGGCCACCAUCGUGGAAGCGGCCCAGCUGCUGCAGAUCCUGCAGGCCCUGCACCCCCCGCUACAUAUUGACGGCAAGACCAUCAACGUGGAGUUUGCUAAGGGCUCCAAGCGGGACAUGGGCUCCUCUGACAGUAACCGGAUCAGCGCCGCCUCUGUCGCCAGCACUGCUAUCGCUGCAGCCCAGUGGGCCAUCUCCCAGGCAUCACAGGGCAGUGAGGGGGCCUGGGCGGCCUCAGAGGAGCCGCCGGCCGACUACGCCUACUACCAGCAGGAGGAGGCCUACGGCGCGGAGCCGGCCCUCUACUCCCACGCCUACCUGAAGGGGUCCCCAGCCCAGCCUGGCGCCAAUGGGGAGGCUGCAGCCACAGUGGCAGAACCGUCCCUGGAGCCUGGCGUGCCGGGCGUCGACUCGCUGCCUGUCCUGCAGAGCUUCCCCCACGCCGCACAGACCACCGCCGUGCCCGUUGUGUACCAGCCGCCUGGCGGGGCCGAGACCGCGGCCACCGCCCAGGGCACUGCCGCCAUUGCCCAGGUAGGGCUCUCGGCCUGGCCUCAGGGCGGGGGGCUGCCCGGGGCUGUGUCUGUCCUCCCUGCUCGGGGGCUGCCCGGGGCUGUGUGUGUGUGUCGUGGGGGGGGUCUCCUCCCUGCUUGGGGGCUGCUCGGGGCUGUGUGUGUGUUGGCCCCUCCCUGCUCGGGGGCUGCCCGGGGCUAUGUGUGGAGUGUGGGGGGGUCUCCUCCCUGCUCGGGGGCUGCCCGAGGCUGUGUGUGUGUGACUCCUGGGUUCUCUCCUGGCUUGGCGGGGGCGUGGUGUGUGGUGAAGGAGCCCCAUGGCGCUGUCUCUCCACAGAGCCCGCCGCGGGGGCUGGUGGCCGCGUACAGCGGGGAGAGCGACAGCGAGGAGGAGCCAGAGCGGGCAUCCGACCGGGAGGAGAAACUCACAGACUGGCAUAAACUGGCCUGUCUGCUCUGCCGCCGGCAGUUCCCCAGCAAGGAGGCGCUGAUCCGCCACCAGCAGCUCUCCGGGCUGCACAAGCAAAACCUGGAGAUUCACCGCCGUGCCCACCUGUCUGAGCAGGAGCUGGAGGCGCUGGAGAAGAACGACAUGGAGAUGAAAUACCGGGACCGCGCGGCGGAGCGCAGGGAGAAGUACGGUGUCCCCGAGCCCCCGGAACCCAAGAAGAGGAAGUACUCAGCUGUCAUGCCUGCCACCGUGUAAGCCCUGCCCCUGCCAUGCUGGCCCACCCACUCAGGGCGGAGCUCUGCCCUGCAGGAGCGCCGCUCCCCAGAGGUGGCAGCCUCUCAGUGCUUUUCGAACUGUCCCCGUGCAGCGUUGUGUGUGGCUGUUCCCCGCUGCCCCGCCCCAGAGGCGGCUGCAUCGCAGCAGUGGGCGAGGGGCGUUGUGUGUGGCUGUUCCUGGGUGCCCUGCCCCAGAGGCGGCUGCAUCGCAGCAGUGGGCGAGGGGCGUUGUGUGUGGCU